AUGGCUACCCUCUCCUCCACAAUGUUGAGCACCAGCCUGCUCCCGCGCAACCCUUUGACCAAGCAGCAGGCGCCGUUGGUGAGGCUGAGUCCCGGGCGGGCCCGGCUCACCUGUAUGGCUAAGUACAACGUGAAGCUGGUGACGCCGAGCGGGGAGAUCACAUUCAAGUCAUCCGGCGAUGAGUACAUCCUGGACCAGGCGGAAGAGCUCGGCCACGAUCUGCCCUACUCGUGCCGUGCCGGCGCGUGCUCGGUCUGCGCGGGCAAGAUAGUGAGCGGCACGGUGGACCAGGACGACGGCAGCUUCCUGGACGAUGACCAGAUCGGAGCAGGCUUCGUGCUCACCUGCGUGGCCAGGCCGACCUCGGAUGUCGUCAUCCAGACGCACAAGGAGGAUGACCUCGUUGGCUGA